AUGUCUGGUGCUUAUAGUACUUCAUUUGAUCACAAAGCUGGAAUUUCAUUCAAAUAUUCCCCUGUUAAAAUUGCAAAGAAUGCAGAUGAUAAGGCAAUUCAGUUCAAUAUUUACAUUUUGAACAAUGGAACCUGUGAUGCCUCUUUUCUUACAAUUGGAAAUAUUCAAGUCGAUAUAAAUCCUAACUCUCAAUCAGAUAUAUGCAUUUUCUCUCAUAACAUGCCAAAGAAAGUUGAUCACCAAAGUUCAUCCAAUGAUGUCACAAUGUUCGCAGUUAAAUAUCCUGAUUCCUUGGAUUAUUCAAGUGUAAUCACAGAUUUUAAUGGUCCGGCAGCUCUUAUCGCAAAGUUUACAUCUAGAUCUAGUGUCAGAUUUAACAUUUAUGAUUCUACUGAUCCAGAUAUGAUAAAUAACUGCGAAAGCCAGUCAUUCAAGAUAAUAGAUGAAAACAGAUUGAUUGAACAAAACUAUUCUGGAUCUAUUAAUUCAAAUUGCCAACAUAAUCCAAAAGAUAAUAUAAACUUUAUUAUUUUCUGGACAAGCGUCGGAUUUGUAGUCGUAAUUAUUAUAACAGUUACUAUUAUAUGUCGGCGCUACCGAAAACAGAAACCACAAAAUACAGAAUCGAUGCUCUCAGCUGAACCUCCACAAAAAUAUACCAAUUAUCCACAAUAUAUUCCACCAAUAAGUGAGGUGCAAAACCAAUAUUAUGGAAAGCCUACAUUGAAUGAUCUACAAAACUUCAACAUGAAAUAUACAACUCAACCAGUGAUAGAUCAAGAUCCAACGCCUAAUCCAUAUUCGAAUGCAAAUAUUGUUUAUUAA